AUGCUGCAAGACCUUGAUCACCCUUCAACUCCCCUCGCACCGGCCAUCGAGCAUCUCAAACCUUCGUCGACCAUCCUCUCGCCGCCGCCGGACCCCGAGGACAGUCAUCAACCUUGCGAUGAUCGCCGCGACAUCCCUGCAGCGUUGUUAGUACAGAGCUCGGAUGCAUUAUCUCCACCUCCAGACAAGCCGUCAUUUCCAAACCCCUCCUUUCACCGACGAGCCAAUACCGAGAUCAUUCGACGCCAGACGCCCCAUCUGCCCGCCCGACAGCUGUUUGCAGACCAGCCCAAAACAUUCGAGGAUCUGGACAAAUCCUCGAGCUUGUCGACGGAGAAGGGUCCCCGCAGGAAAUUCGAGGAGGGCGCCAAAUUGAUAUCGGGUUGGUUUCAGGGCAAGUCACAGCCCGUCAGCCUGGGAGUCGUGCAUCCUCCAACAGAUCAGGAAUCGUCGGAAACAGCAGCAAACAUGUACAGUUCCCCAACCACUCCUACCGUCCCUACGAGUCGGGCGCAGAAGCGCAUGACCGCCCCGUCGCCUCUCAAGCAGGUCACCUCCUCGAACCCGUUCUCCUUUUUCGGGUUGAAGCGCCAAGGGGAGAGUAAAACGGACCUCCCCGAACCCGCCGAAGAUGAGUUUCUGAACAUGGACAUCACGGCGGCGCUGUUCCCGCCCACAUCGAGCGGUCUCGAUGACCACGAGGCGUUCGCUGCUCUGCGCAACAAUGCAGACAGCGUGAUCAGACGACUGCAGGCGGCCUAUAAACAACGGACGUUCGCUCUGCACGAAGCGCUGGCCGACAAGAACGAAAAACAAGAAGAACUGGAGGAAACCCGAACGCGGGUCGGACACCUCAAGGUUCAACUGGACGGCAUGGCCGAAAAGGUGCUCCAGCAGGAGAAGGCCGUGAAAGCCAUGGCCGAGGAGCUGGAGCAGGAGCGACAGAUGCGACGCCGAGAGGACGAGGCGCGUCGACGGAGCGUGAUGUUGAUCCGAUCUAGCGACGACGAGAGCUCCGAUCUGGGCGGCGACCUUCAGACGCCCAAGCGGAGUUUGAAACGCGCCAGCAACGCCACCUUCACCAGCGACUCGGGCUUCGACUCCGGCGACGAGAGCCUAUCUGAGAGCGUGUUCUCGCGUCGCGAGGGCAUCGAAUCCCCUGCGUCCACCGUCGCCCCUUCUCCCAAUAUUUCCCAAGUCACGCUCUCCACCCCUACCACCACCCCCGUUCAGAGUCAAAAAGAAUUGAAGCCUGCCCCCGCAUCGACUCCUUCCUCCACUCCGCGACCGUCGGCGUACGAUCGCGUACUCAAAGGCUUGGCUUCCACAGGUAUUGCCAGCUCGUGGACCGGCAAUUCAUCCAAGUGUCAGAUCUGCCAUGGUGUUCCAGCAUCGGAAGCUUGGAGCGUCAUGGGGAUUCUAAAAGAGGAGAACAAGGGACUCAAGGACCGACUGGGCGAGCUGGAGAUGGUCAUCGACGACUGUCUUUGUUUGGUCGGCCCGUGA